GAUAUAGGGUAGAUGUCCGUCUGUCCAACCGAAACAUCUUCUGUAGUGCACUAGACAUGAACUCACACGUGUAAACUCUCUUUCUUCCAUUCGUCUGAGUUUCCUCCUCCUUCAAGGCUGUCAGUCAGUGAGAGGGAAAGAGAAAGGGAGAUUUUCUUGGAGGAGAUACAGGAAGACGUGUAGAGGGAGGUUUCUAUGAAAGGGCAGGGGAAGAUGGUGUUGAACUCUAGACUGAAGUGGGUCGGUCUGGUUGGGCUCGUGCUAUCCGCUUUUUCUCUCUUCAUUCACUUUUUGCUUGCCAGAUUCACUGAGGAUGGCGUUAUAGAGUACCAGUCUUCAAUCACUGUCUUCUCCUGGAGACCCAUCUUUGAGAGUGCAAAUUUUCCCAGAACUAGUCCAAUGUAUAGGAGACUAUGGGGUCCAAUACGGCAUCUUGAAUCUUUGCAUCCCGACGCAAACCCCAGAGGAAACUAUGCUGUAACAGAUCCCAGUUCGCAAACAAAUGGCUUUAUCUUUGUCCGAAUACGAGGUGGUUUCCAUGAGAUCAGGAAUUCGAUUUGUGAUGUGGUUGCCGUUUCCCGGCUUCUUAAUGCUACCUUAGUAAUUCCUGAGAUCCAGUCAACUACAAGCAGCAAGGGCAUCAGCUCUGAUUUCAAGAGUUUUGCUUACCUGUACAAUGAGGACCAGUUCAUGGCAGCCUUAGCAAAAGAUGUCAACAUUGUGAAAACCCUUCCCAAAAAUCUCAAAUGGGCAAGGAGAAAGAAGGAAAUUCCAAGUUUCAAAGUGCCUUACUCGGCUUCACCAUACUAUUAUCUGAAUCAAGUUCUCUCAGUAUUGAAGAAGCAUUCAGUGGUUGAGCUAGUUGUACCUGAAGGUGGCUGCUUGCAGGCCAUCCUUCCACCUGAACUUGAACACAAUGAAGAGCUACAAAGGCUGAGAUGUAGGGUUGCUUUCCAUGCCCUUCAGUUUAGGCAGGAGGUCCAGGAACUUGCCACUAAAGUUUUAUUUAGGUUACGGGCUCCUGGACGGCCAUUUAUAGCCUAUGACCCUGGGAUGACUAGAGAUGCUCUAGCACAUCACGGUUGUGCUGAACUCUUCCAGGAUGUACAUACAGAGCUCAUCCAGCACAAAAGGUCUUGGAUGAUAAAACGGGGGAUCGUCGAAGGGAAGCUACGGGUGAAUUCAGCUAAGCAACGCCUUAGUGGUUCUUGUCCACUAAUGCCAGAAGAGGUUGGUAUUCUUCUCCGUGCGCAUGGAUACUCAUGGGACACAAUAAUAUAUGUAUCUGGAGGAGAAGUCUUCGGUGGCCAAAGGACAUUGAUACCUCUUCAUGCUAUGUUUGAAAAUGUUGUUGAUAGGACUUCCCUUACGACUCCUUGGGAGCUUAAUAGGCUUUAUGGUCAUGAGGCUAAUAUUAUUACCAGUUCUCCUAGAACUCCCCCUCCAAUUGAGAAAGAGAUGAAGCAUGAAGCAUGGAAAACCUCAGGGCCACGUCCUCGCCCGCUUCCACCACCUCCAGCGCGGCCAAAGUCAUAUAACAUUGAAGGUUGGUGGGGUUGGGUGGCUGAGAGUGAUAAUGAACCAGAAAGUACGGUGAUGGAGUUGCGGACUAAUGCCCAUAAAUUGCUAUGGGAAGCAAUUGACUAUGUGAUUGGCCUUGAAGCUGAUGUGUUCAUCUCUGGAUUUGAUCGUGAUGGCAAUGGACGGCCAAAUUUUGCCAGCCUGGUAAUGGGGCACAGACUCUACCAGUCAGCUGCAUUGAAAACAUAUAGGCCAGACAGAAAAGAAGUUUCAAAGCUUUUAGAAGAAAUCCAUGACCAUCUAUAUCAUGCAAACCAUACUUGGCUAAAAUCGGUGCGCAAGCAUAUGAGAAAGAGAUUGCUUGAUGGACUCAUAGAAGCAUCCACCAAAUCCAAACCAUUAUCUUUUCUAUCUCAUCCAGUCCCCGAAUGUUCUUGCCUGAGGUAUGACUCUAACGAAACAUCAUUUCAUGCUUCAAGCCCUUCACCUCAGUCACAAGUUCAGGCAGCUCUUAGAGUUGUGCAUCGAUGCCCUGCUUGGAUGGACAGUGAUUUGAUAUUGCGGUCAAAAGACAAGGAUAAUGAAGAGGAUCUUGAUGAAGAUGAUUCCACAUCAUCUGGAUUGUUUUUUCGGCGUAGUGGUGAAAAUCAUGAAAGUGGAGGUGGGGAUUCAAACAACAAAGAGGAAGCUCAAUUGGAUGAUCUAGAGGAGCUUGAGGGUGGGGAAAGAUAAUGAGAGGUGAAAUGAGUUCCAGUAAUGGCCCCUUUGCAUGCCCAUGACAUCUAAUCCUCUCAAUCUGUAUCUGUAUAUGAAGAUAAUUCACUUGCCUAGUCCCAUAGAGUUUGGAAUUUAUUCCUGGCUUCAGUUUAACAAGACAAGCAAUCUUUCUAACUGUGGCUCAAGAACAUAAUGAGGUGGGCACUUUUAGUUCGGCUCAUGUCAGUUCAGAUAUCUAGGCUCUGGUAUUAUGAAGCACUUUUACAUAGUAUUGGAUAUAGCUUAUUCCAAUCCGUAUGAGGGAUAGCGGCCUUAAUUUCUUUAAUUAUGUAGCCAAACAAACAAUUUUGAUGUAACUUAGCAUGUCUUCUCUGGAAAAUCAAUGUCAAGAACGAACUUGUUUAUUGUAGGAUUCCUGUAGCUCUAGAAAUUCAGACUCUAUUCUAAAGAUGUAAUGUGGUCAAGAACUGAUCAAAAUAGGCGUUUGCUUUUGAUCUAUGAUUACAUAUAUCUUUAUUAUUUCCAUUCAA